AUGCCGCUUCCUCCACCGCUGAACUUCACCAAAUGGCUCGCAGAAAACCAGCACAAACUCCAACCACCGGUCAACAACUUCUGUUUAUGGAGAAGUAAAGAUUAUACGAUCAUGGUGGUCGGAGGACCUAAUGAGCGGAAUGAUUUCCACAUCAACGAGACAGAGGAAUGGUUCUAUCAGCAUACGGGUGGAAUGCUCCUCCGUGUUGUGGACGAGGGAAAGUUCAGGGACAUCCGUAUUGAGGAGGGAGAAAUGUUCCUACUUCCAGGUACAAAACCCCUCACUUCAUUCUUCAGACUUGGAACUCAUAUUCUCCUAGCCAACACACCCCACAACCCCGUCCGCUUCGCGAACACAGUAGGAAUCGUGGUUGAACGCAUUCGCCCCGAAGGCUCCCUUGAUCGACUUCGUUGGUAUUGCCCGUCCGACACUCACGAGGAGCUCACGGUCAUCUACGAGGAAUCAUUCCAUUGCACCGACCUUGGAACGCAACUCAAACCUCUCAUUCAGCGAUGGCAAAGUGACCCCACCAUCCGUACUUGCAAAGUCUGCGGCACAGUUGCAGAUCCCAAGUGA